AUGCCGCAUCAUCAGCAUCCUAUUGCAGUGUUGGAUGUGGGGUCAUGCAACACUAGGCUCGGCUUUGGUGGGGAGGAGGCACCACGCGUGGUGCAAUCAACUAUUGUGGGAACUCCGCAGCAUUGCGGCGUGAUCGGGUCUCUGUUGCAGCACCACAGUGACACCUUUGCUGGUGAGGCGGCGUGGGAACGGCGAGGACUCUUGAAUCUCAGUUACCCUGUACAAGGCCGACGUAUAGUCAGUUACACGGGUCUUGAGCACAUCCUACAUGAUGCAUUGUAUACCUGGCUUCCUGUAGUCCCGAAUGAAACACCACUUCUAUGGGUGGAACCAGUCUCCACCUCACGUGAGGACCGCGAACACAUCUGCGAACUUUUCUUUGAAGCAUUUGACGUUCCACUCCUCGCCAUGACGAAUGCUGCAGCCGCGUCAGUGUACUCCACUGGGCGCACUUCGGGUCUCGUUUUGGAUAGCGGAGAGGACUGUACCACGGUAAAUGCCAUCUGGGAGGGUUACAACUUGCAGCACGCCUUCCAUUCCUCUUCCAUAGCUGGGCGUACUUUGACGGAUCGUUUGUUUGGAUAUUUGCGCGGUAAAGGAUACGCCCUCUCCACGGCGGAUGAUCGCUGUCUUGUGGAAAAAAUUAAGCGUUCCUGCUGCUACGUCGCUGCCAACGCGGAGGUGGAGAUGAUGAAUUUUGGAAAUAAGACACAACAUGAUAGCUAUGAGUUGCCUGAUGAACAGCACAUUUACCUUCAGGAAAGUCAGUUUAUGGUUCCCGAGCUCCUGUUUCACCCGUUGAAGGAUUGUGAUAGUGGCGGUGGGGAGGUUGGCUGGGCAGAGGCGGUGACGCACGUUGUGCGGAAAGCCCCACCGUUUACACAGUCUCAUUUACUGGAGAACGUUGUGCUUGGGGGCGGGAAUACAUUGUUUCCCGGCAUCGAGCAGCGGCUGCGACAAGACAUGUUGGCGCUGAAUACUAAUGGAGAACAGGGCAUCAACUGCAUUGCCUUCCCGGAUCGAGACCUGGCUGCCUGGGUUGGCGCAUCAGUCGUGGCGUCGAUGCCUACAUUUUCACAAUUGUGUCUUUCUAGGAAGGAAUACUACGAAAAGGGUGCCGCUGCCAUGCAUGUGAGGGCGUAG